AUGCCCUACCUCACCACCAACGACGGAACCGAGAUCUACUACAAGGACUGGGGCAAUAAGGAUGCCUCGGCCACGGUGGUGUUUUCGCACGGCUGGCCGCUGAACGGAGACAACUGGGAGAGCCAGAUGUUCUUCCUGGCCAGCAAGGGGUACCGGGUGGUGGCGCACGACCGCCGCGGCCACGGCCGGUCCAGCCAGCCCUGGACGGGCAACGACAUGGACACGUACGCCGACGACCUGCUACAGCUGUUCGAGCACCUCGACCUGAAGGGCGUCAUGAUGGUCGGCCACUCGACUGGCGGUGGUGAGGUCGCGCGGUUCCUCGGCCGUCACGGCGCCAGCCGGGUCUCGAAGGCAGUGCUGGUUAGUGCGGUGACGCCGCUCAUGCUCAAGACCGAGGCCAACCCCAAGGGCACGCCGCUCGAGGUGUUCGACUCGUUCCGCGCCGCCAUGAUCAAGGACCGCGCGCAGUUCUUCAUCGACGUGCCCUCGGGCCCCUUCUUCGGCUUCAACCGGCCCGGCGCCCACGUCUCGCAAGGCUUGAUCCAGUCCUGGUGGCAACAGGGCAUGAUGUGCGGCUUCGUCAACUCGUACGAGUGCGUCAAGGUCUUUUCCGAGACCGACAUGACCGAGGACCUGAAGAAGAUCGACAUCCCCGUGCUGGUGCUGCACGGCGACGAUGACCAGGUCGUCCCCAUCGACGCGAGCGCCCACGAGGCGAUCAAGCUCCUGAAGAACGGCAAGCUGGUGGUCAUCAAGGGAGGGCCUCACGCGUUGCCAAACAUCCACGCCGAGGAAGUGAACAACGAGCUGUUGAAGUUUUUGGAGGCGAAAUGA